CAAAAAAAAUAUCAUAAGUUUCCCGCUGUAUCCAAAUCUUUGAAGAUAAGCUUAUAGUACAAUCAAAUAUAUAUAAACACUAAUUAAUAACGAGAUAAUUAUGAUAAACCGGUUAAUUAGCUCGAACAUAAGCCAAUGAAAUCUACACAAAAAAAGAACAUAAAAAAAAGAGCCUCAAUUUAUCUGGUUGUAAAAAUUAAACGAAACGGCAAAUGCCUAACUGAAAACAGUGUCAUUUGGUGGUAUCCUUUUGUGUUGGAAAGUAAACCAUUGGGCCAGCGGGUGACCAUCGCCGUGUUGCUCGGUAAAUUCCCCAAGCGCCGAAAUGAACCACUGACACGCCCUCGGCGCUUCUCUAUUUGGCUAUUUGGCUAUUUGGCUAUCUGGGUAUCUGGCCAUCUGGCAAUACCAUUGGAACCAUCCAUCCCCAGUCGGACCCAGCCUCACUCAAUUCAACGCACGUGCCUGGUCAUAGACUGGAAAACAGUACAACUGGAUAACUGGACAACUGAAAAACCACUGAGGUCCUUCCACAGGCUCACGCACACAAGUGCAAGCAACAGGACUUGUUUAUCGCCCCUCGGUUGGGCCCCACUCCAAACUGGCCCAUCAAUUUUGGUUCUCCUACCCGCCACCGGGCGCUGGCGGCGGUUCCUCAACAAGAACUCGCAGACCGACGAAGAGAAGCAGCGCGAUCGACAGCGAAACGAGCGCGAGGCGAAAAAGGAAGAGCAGGACGCUAUCAACUACAAGCGCGACAAGGAGCAACGCGAGGCCCGUCUGCUGGACUUUGAGAUACGCCGCCAGCAGAAGCGGGACGAGCAGCAGCAGCAGCGCCAGCAGCAGCAGCAACUGCAGCAGCACCGCGAGCAGCAGCAUCAGCAGCACCAGCAGCAGCGCGAGCAUCUGCAGCAGCAGCAUCGCGAUCAGCAGCAGUCCAGCGAGAAAAGUCCGCCCACCUCGUCCAGCGCAGCCGCCGCCCACCAGACACAUCCCCAUUCGCAGCAGCAGCAGCAGCGGCAGCAUUUGCAUCUGCAGCAACAGCAUCUGCAGCAGCAGCAACAGCAGCAGCAACAACAGUCAACGGGCAGCGGCAGCAGCAACACACCCGUGACCCCAAAGUUGCAGACACCUCCCCCCGAUCGAUCGCUGCCCCCCGCCUUCCGGAGUCGCUCCAUCGAGCGGGAGAUCUUCUACGAACGGAAGCGAUUCUCGCAGCCGGAAACCGGCGAGAUCAAGGAGCUCGAUAGUACGACAUCAUCAUCCUCCACGCAGCAGACCUUCCCUGGCAGCGCAGUCGGGGCGGGCAGAGCAGCGGCAGCAGCGGUACCUGGAAGCGGGACAGCGGUAGCGGUUGCAGUAGCAGGAGCGGGAGCGGGACAAUCGGCGACAUUGGCGGGGCCGCCGGCAACGGCCGCAGCUGCCACAGCUGCGAUCAUACCGAUUCUGCCGCUCGGCGUUGCAACGCUGCGCGAUGAUUCCACCGAAUCCGAGCAGUCCGUGACCUGUGCGCACAACCAGCUCGAUGCCUACCACCGCAUCAUAAGCUUUUCCCUCGUCCAAGUGAAAUGAGUGAUUUUCGUGCCACAAUUGUUUUUAUGACUCCUACAAUUAAAUAACAACAAAGGGGCAUUCACAGAAACUUUUUGCAAAAAGUUCGAAACAAAUCUGAGUAGUGCACUUAACCCUGAAAAGUAUGCUUCGAAAGUUGCAUGUAGAAUCCGUGUAAGUGGCAUGUAAAAAGCGAGGCAUAUCAAGUAUACGCCAUGUAAUACAGCAGGCAGUUGCAUUUGCAUGCUACAGAUGGCGCCCACGUGCACUGGGCGAGGUGCAUCACAAAAAAAAUGCAUUUCAAAUGAAAUCUGUGUUAGCAAUUCCAUACUAUACAAUACAAUACAAUAUUUCAAUAUCCUAAAUUGAAUAUGAACAUAUAUGUUAAAAACCAAAAAGAAAAGUGAAAGCCUAUAAAUAAAUCAUGAAAUCCAGGUUAACUUUUAAUUGAAAUUCUGCAGUAACUUGAUUUAAACGCCGCGGCUUCUAUUCUAACGUAAUUACUAUGCGAGCACUUUGCGCUCCUUAAACUUGAUGGGAAAAUUAGCAAAUAACAUGCUUCUGCGUUGGCCUCAAAUUAAAAUGGUUAAUUUUUCAUUAAGGCCAAGUCAUUAAUCGACCUGCCAGGUAAAACCCACCAGCGCACAGGUGCAUUUCCGAGCGUUUGUAGCCAGGAGAACCGGGGUUUUAUUAUAUUUGAUUUGGCACAGCCUGCAGUCUGCAGUCCGCUGUUCCGGCAAUCGGAUCGAAAUUGAGGCAUUUAACCGGAACAUCAUCCUACAUUUAUGUGCAAAAGCGAAAUCC